ACAUGCGCGCCACGCCCACCUACCACAUCGUCUACCUCGUCCAGGUCUUCUGCAUCUGGGCCGUCGUCCAGGGAACCGUCUUCCUAGACACUUCCUUCCAGAUCCUGAUGCUCCAGUUGGCUGCGGAACUGGAGGUCCUCAACGACAACGUAGCUGCCAUCUACAACCGGGAAGUGGGCCCAUCCGAAGUAAAGCGAGCGGAGGACGGCAAAAUCGACGCGUCGCCGCAGAGGAAAAAGGACGAAGCCAGUGGUAGACUCGGAUACGUAGAACUUCAUACAGAUACAGCAGAGGAUGAAAUGUACAGUCAUCUCGUAAGCAAUAUAAAGCACCACCAAACAGUAAUAGGUUGCCUAAGCCAGUUGGAAACCGUAAUGAGUCACUCAACGCUGAUUCUCCUGUCAUCCAAUAUGGUCUGCAUCUGCUUACACAUCUUCGUAACGGCAGUGCUGUUGCAGGAUGAAAUUCAGUUUGACAAGACUUUCAAGAUGAUGUGUGCGUUUGCCAUCUACACGUACCAGACUGGGCUCUUCUGCUUAAUUGGACAGACCAUAAUCGACCAGAGUGAACGGCUGGUGAAUUCGGCGUUCAGCUGCGCCUGGCCGGACGCCGAUGCCCGCUUCAAGCGGUCGCUGUCCGUGUUCAUGGUGAGGUCAGCUCGCCUGCUCGAGAUAAGGGUCGGCAAGAUGUACACUCUAUCCAGGGAGACCUUCUUGCAGAUUCUAAAUGGAUCCUACAGAUUAUUUAAUUUACUGUAUCAGACCAAUCUAGAAAAUUAAGAAAUUGUCCUCUGAAAUGUGGAUAACUGUCUCAUAUUAUUUCAGAGACCAGCAAUGCAUGGAACAAAU